CUUUGAGUCUCUGUGGGAUCAAGCUUCGAAUCCUUAAUGAUGUUGGUUUUCAACUCCUUUUAUAUGCUCUUCUUUCCUGUUCUUGCUCCUUCUUUCAUUUCAGUUGUUUCUGAGGAUGGAGUUUCUAUUCGCCGUAGCAAAGAAUGAUCUCCAGCAGGCAAGACAUUUCAUUCAGUCGGGUCACGAUGUCAAUAGCCCGAUAACAUGGAACGCCAAAGAUACAUACUCGCCUGUCAUCCCACCUGGAGUCGCCGCUAAUCCUGAACUGAUGGAAAAACUGCAGUCAAAUCAAGAAUAUCAGACUCGGCCUUUAAAUAUUGCUGUCUUGGGCGGUCACGCUGAUAUGGUUCGCUUACUACUCAGUGCGGGUGCAGAUAUCAAUAUGAAAGACGGUCGAGGAAGAACCGCACUCGUGUGUGCCAUUUAUGGUCUCGAUUUGGAUGCCUCCAACAUCAAUACCUCCAAUUUGCACUUGAUCGCGCAAACACAUGAGCGCCAUUUUGAUAUCAUGAAAAAUAUCCUUUUAAGGCAUCCUAAUCUUUAUGUUUCCACGUUGGACGCUUCACAAUAUGAAAUUAAAGGGAUCACCCCACUUUGCUUAGCCAGUUAUCUUGGCAAAGCUGAAAUCAUUCAGUUAUUACUCGACGAUGGUCGUGUCAAUGUCGACGGUACAGACAGCAAAAAUGCCACUGCUCUCAUGUAUGCGGCACGCGACGGAAAUCUCCCUAUUGUGAAAAUGUUGCUCUAUUACAUGGCAUCGCCUGAUCUUACCGAUAACCACGGAUGGUCUGCUAUACAAUACGCUGAGCGUAGUCCAGAGAUCGUUCAAGCAUGUGAAGAAGCUCUUCGCAAGCGACGAUGUGAUCUUUCGAGCCUUCACACAUCUUUGCCCCUGAAAAAAUUUCCUUUACACUAUUCCAAGCUUUCCACAUUGAUUGGCACCGUCCCUCCUCAUCCGUCUUCACUUUCACAUAUCCAAUUUGAAGUUUUAAAGCAAGUGGAAUUGAUGGAUCCAAAUGCCUCAUCCUAUAUCGAAAUACUUCAGCAGGGCUUUGUGCAAGCAAUCAAAGUCCACGAUCAUACGGCCUUGCAAACCAUGUUACUGUGGUCCCCUCAACUACGGCCUGACGAUCGUCCCUCGGCCGGUCCACUUCUUGUCAAUCAUCACGACCCGAAAACCGGCUUAACCGCUUUGCAUCACGCCAUGCGCACCAAGCCAUUACCCUCGUUAGACACCAUCGCCAUGCUUUAUCAGGCAGGCGCAGAUAUCAAUGCGCAAACAUUUUACGGACGUACCGCUUUGCAUCAUUUGGCGCGCUUUGGAGUGGACAAAGAUGGCAGAACGUGGGGUAUACAAAAGAGUGCAAAAGCGGAAAAUGCCAAGAAAGGUUCAAACCGACAACGAAUGAACUCCUCAUCGCCCACGGCUAGUCCACCUAUGGAACCCAGAAUCGUCGAAGAAGAACAUUCCAUGACCCUCAACCCAUCGUCAGCCCACCGCUUUUCAAUGCAAAGCACCGUGUCGGCUCGUUCUUAUGUUUCGGAGCAUAGUGGUUCAAUGUCUCCCUCAGAGCCCACUCAGCGUCAGAUCGUGAAAGACCUGGUUGGGAUGUCGAGCGUACCCCAGCAUCUUGCCAUGUGUGCUUCUCUCCUUAUUCGUCUAGGCGCACUGGUGAACAUUGUCGAUCCGACUGGAAAUACACCAUUGCAUUUCGCUUCAGAGUUUGGAGGUGUACCCGAAGUACUGUCAGUAUUGAUUCUCGAGGGUCAGGCCGAUCUUACGAUUAAGAAUAAGAAAGGCCUUACACCAUUGGAUGUAUGCAAAUCAGAAGAAGUACGGGACUGUAUCCUAGGUUUGGAAAAGGAACGUAAAAUUUCCAACAAGAUGAAGUCUUUAACGUCUUUUGCCAGCAAUAAUAUCAAAUCAUUGGACCUUCCCAGCGACGAUCGCACCAUAAUGCGUCGAUCCCCGUCACAGUCCACGAUGCAGUCGUCGGUGGCCGAUUCUAAAAGCAAGAAAAACUUGGGUCUCACGGUGGAGGCCUUUUCAUCUUCGGUAUCCGAAGCCGCCGCCGCAAGACGAGUGCAGAUUAAACGUGAUACGUAUGAACAAGUGGAUGCUGACUUUGAAAAGAUCCUCAAGGCCUUCUACAACUACCAGACCAACUUUACGACGUCCAUCGAGACAGCAUUAGCGUACAUGACGGACACCAUUAAAGGAUCCUGGAGUCCCGAGAAUUCGAAUCAGACUGGCACUCCCGAGUCGCUUCACAAUACGAUGAUCCGACUCCGGUAUGAGUUACGUGAAGCCCACGAAAUGUUUGACGAAACGGAUCAGCGCACAGAAAGUGUGAUGUUACGUUACCGCGAGGAACUGGAACAGGUGGAACAGGUGUACCAAGCAGACUGGGAGAUGUCGGAACUGCAACGUGACAAGGUGGAGAAGUUGUUUGAUGUCUUGGAAAGGAUCGAAGGACGUUUCUGUCAGCUAGAGCUGGAUCAGGAGGAGCUCGUACAUCAGACUGAGCAGCUUCGAAAAGCGGUGAGCCGUCACAUAGAUACAAUCCAAACGGACGGUAUACAGGAUGACGUCGAAUUUUGGACCGCUGUUAGCAAUUUGAAUCAAUCUUUACUGAUCGUUGAAACCGUCCCUAUGGAUCCCAUCCUCUAUCAACGCGAAGAUCGCAACCGAUUAUGUCAAGACAUGAGGGUUGCUGUGGAACAGAUGCUCGCCACGAUACAGCAACGAUGUCAGCGGGGCCAUGACCCAUCUUUGGAUACAACUCGGCGACAGAUUGAAUCUCGUUGGAAUACCGUACGGGAGUUGUUGUCCAAACCAGCAGCUGAUGUGGUCGUCAAAGAAAAAUCUCUCACAGUGGCUUCACCUCUCUCGGCUGUUUCUCGAUCCGUCCGUGUACCCUAUUGGAAGCAGCAGUUACACACUGUCCAAAUCUACCGUCACGGAUCUCAACCUCCAAGUAUGCGCGAAGUUCCUCGUGGAUCCUUGAACGAACUGGAGCUCAGUUUUGAAAUCUUGAACGCCAACCUGCAGGAGAUUCAGAAAGAUCUUGAUGAAAUUCAUGUCAUGACGGAAGAAAUUCUUGCCGAGAAGAAGCAAAUGUACGAAACGUGUCUUACGCUGGAAAACGAGCUAAUGGCGUUGGAAACCGGAAACACGCACCUCAUGGGCACCGGCAAGAACGACGUGGAUACACAAACGCACGGUGCUCAACAUGGGAAUCAAAAUAGGUCGCCACGUACCAAAGAUAUUGUUUCUGCUGAAUUGCAAGCAGUCAUGCAACACACACAGAAGCUAUUCGAUCGUCAAGCGGAGCUGGAUAAAGAACGACAACAACUUCGCAAGGAGCUACUUGCUGUGGAAAACCAGUUAGAUGGAACGCGCCAGGAGCUGCGUCAAGUACGACCGCCUUUACUGCUACAAGGGCUCUUGGAACGAUUGGAGAUCGACGAAGGUCCAUUUGUACGUAUCGAGAAGGAUUGGAAAGAGGAUGCCGAUUUAGUGACAGAGGUGAUUGAAACGGAGGAUGAAACCGACUGCAGUUCCUCUGCGAGUGAGAGCAGCCUAGUGGCGAACCUCGAACGAUGCACAAGCAGAGUGUCGGCACGGUGUUGGAUGAUUCGCUUGGAUGCCAGUCUUUACUGCCUGAAGGUCUUAGGAAGCUACCAUAUUGGGCGUUCAAGGCAAUCGCUGCUUGAGACGCAAGCGUUCCUGGGCCAAGCCAACUCGGAGUUGGAAGAAACUCGAAGUCAAAUGUUGGCGUUGUUCAAUGAUGCAGCAGAGGUGUCGCCUCAAGUGUUUGCACUCAAGACGGAACUGGAAACGAUCGUGAAACAUCGAAAAGAGGAAGUCAUCAAAGUGUGGGAAGUGGUCGAUGAAGUAUCAGAAGGUAUCGACAGCAACUUGAUGCAAGCAGGUCAAUCGCAGCUGGAAGCCGGACAAAAUCCUCCCCCUCUUCCUCCUCAAGCCGAUCUGAAGCAAGAUCCUUCCGAAGAAUCAGAUCGCCAUCAGUGGAUUGUGAAAGAAUUAGAGCAAUUGCAAAAUGUGCACGGCCAGCUGCAGGAAGCGAUAGAAGAGCUGAAACGCGAUCAAGCUGACAUUGGCGCUCAUUUACGCCAACUGGGGUCCAAUUUAAUUGAGCCACAAGUCGAUAAGCUUGUAGGACAAGAUCAUGUUUCGCUGCUAUCAAUCAGUGAUCAACUGACUGACCUCAUGGAACGAAUCCGUGAACGUGAUCUUGGUGCCGUGGCAGUGUCCAAACCUUCAUCCAUGCAACAAAGCAAUUUUAGAUCCGGAGCAAACACAGGGUCUUCUCGGAUCUCCAUGGCAUCAUCAACCGCCAAACGAUUAUCGACGAUCAGCAAUCGUUCAGCAGCUACGCGUUCUAUUGUGGACAAUAGGCGAAUCUCUAUGGCACUCAGCAUUCGUACGGAUAAGAAACGGUUGUCCAUGAUGUCCAUCUCCAGCUUGUCCUCUUUAUCAACUUACCACCAGGAGCGCAUGCUUGCGCGUGCUUCUACGCUGAGCAAUGCACUCAGUCGAACAUCUCUUUCCGGAAAGUCUCCACUCGCUACUAAGAAUGGCAGACACGCGUAAAAAAAAUCCAUGUAUUUAUUUAUCUUGCUUAACUAGUAUACAACUUACUAUUAUUAUUGGAUGAAUGGUGUACUAAAAAAUUGGCAUGCUUGUUCUGGACAAGAACCGGCCUUUUGAAUGCUGGGUUUGGCCAUGUGAAUAAAACCAAGCGUACACUAUU